UUUCGCUGUAAGGAAAAUUUUAGAAAAUACAUUUACUAUUAUUAUUAUAUGUAUCUAAAGAAACAAACGAUAGCAGCGGCGGCGGCAGCGGCAGCCAAGCGAGUCUAGAUAUCGGUCGCUCCCUCAGCAAUCGUCGUCUAUCAUCCACAGACGAAGUUAUUUAUACAUUGCUGGUAAUACUUGUCCCCAUGGCAGAGAAUCAAGAAAAUGAUAAGAAUAUUGAAAUAUGGAAAAUAAAGAAAUUGAUUAAAGCUCUAGAAUCUGCUAGAGGAAAUGGUACUAGCAUGAUAUCCCUAAUCAUUCCCCCAGGCGAUCAAGUAUCCCGGGUCACGAAAAUGCUUGCGGAAGAAUAUGGGACAGCUUCCAACAUUAAGAGCAGGGUAAAUCGCCAAUCUGUGCUAGGCGCAAUUACUUCUGCUCAGCAGAGGCUUAAAUUGUAUAACAAGGUUCCCCAGAAUGGCCUUGUUCUCUACACAGGAACUAUAGUAACUGAAGAUGGAAAGGAGAAAAAGGUCACUUUUGAUUUUAUGCCUUUUAAGCCCAUCAAUGCUUCUUUGUAUCUUUGUGACAAUAAAUUUCACACUGAGCCUCUGACUCAACUCCUGGAAUCUGAUGAGAAGUUUGGGUUUAUUGUCAUGGAUGGGAAUGGGACUCUUUUUGGGACAUUAAGUGGUAACACUAGGGAGGUACUUCACAAAUUUACGGUUGAUCUUCCAAAGAAACACGGAAGAGGUGGACAAUCAGCCCUUCGUUUUGCCCGUCUUCGAAUGGAGAAACGACACAACUAUGUAAGGAAGACGGCUGAGCUGGCCACACAGUUCUUCAUUAAUCCCGCCACGAGCCAACCUAAUAUAUCAGGUCUAAUACUGGCUGGAUCUGCAGAUUUUAAGACAGAGUUGAGUCAGUCUGAUAUGUUUGAUCCUCGCCUCCAAGCUAAGAUACUCAAUGUGGUUGAUGUGUCUUAUGGUGGCGAAAAUGGUUUCAAUCAGGCAAUUGAGUUGUCUGCUGAGAUUCUGUCUAAUGUUAAGUUCAUACAGGAAAAGCGCUUGAUUGGGAAAUUCUUUGAAGAAAUAAGUCAGGAUACUGGAAAAUAUGUUUUUGGCAUAGAUGACACUAUAAAAGCUUUGGAGAUGGGCGCUGUUGAGACAUUGAUAGUUUGGGAGAACUUGGAUAUAAAUCGGUAUAUGCUCAAAAACUCUGUGACCAAUGAGAUUGUUAUCAAAUACUUGAACAAGGAUCAGGAGAAUGACCAGAGCAGUUUCAAGGAUGCAGCUACAUCUGCAGAAUUGGAGGUUCAAGAUAAAAUGCCACUACUGGAAUGGUUUGCCAAUGAGUACAGGAACUUUGGUUGUUCACUUGAGUUUGUGACCAAUCGAUCCCAAGAAGGAUCACAGUUCUGCCGAGGGUUUGGUGGCAUUGGGGGAAUUCUUCGCUACCAGCUCGAUAUUCGAUCUUUUGAUGAGCCGUCUGAUGGAGAAUAUUACGAGGAUUCAGAUUAAGAGAGCAUCACUCUAUGCUAUCUGCUAUUGGCUCCAAAUCAGGAAGACAAGAUUUGAGAAGUGGUCAUGUGUAAGUUAUUGUGGCUUCUUGUUGCUUCUGACUUUUUGCUUAUGCAAUGCUGGGUUCCAACUUUUUUAUUCUUGUUGCUGGUACUGUCUCUGUUUUUUGGUAUCGACUGAGAUAAGUUAAAAGACCGUUUGCUUAUCUUGGCAGUUGUUUGUGCCUGCGUACCCUUAGCCGUUCUUGGAACCCUGGAUGAAUGAGCUAAGGUUAUGCAUUAACCCCUCCCCCCUCCCUCUCCCCCUCCCCCUGCUGUUAAGUUGUCAUAUUUGGAAAUUUUUGCAACUACUUUUGAAGAUAAUGUGGCUGUGGCUGUGCACUGCUUUGUGA